AUGACCGAUCCAUGCCAGACGCGCCUCGCCUUCCUCUCCAACGUUGUGGAACUGGACAUCGCUAGACGAGAACCAUUUCUUUCGUACGAUACCCCCGCGGGUCUCGGUUCGUACAUUGCCGAUCAUGCCCUUGGGAUACCGGAGACUUUUACCCGAUCCUCCGCUACCUUAUUGACGGCAAUACCCGAGGACGACGGCAACACGAGUCCAGAAGACAACGACCUUAUCAGCACCGAAAUCGAACCGAGGUUUGGCGAUCAACGUGCAUCUCCUCUCGCGGAUGAAACGACAACGUUUCAAGAAAAACUUGACGCAAUACUGGAUACGCAAUUCUUCAAUCCCGAUGACUACAACGAAGAUUCGCAAGGACCCGUGGCUUGGUUUGCCAAACUGGUCAAAAACGACUACGAAUUGGCGGAAGCCUUGUUUGUCGGCUUGCUCUUUGUUAUCUUGGUGAUUGUUUCGCAAGAGCUUUUACGCAUGCAAUUGUUUGGUUCCAACUACGCUCCUUUCCAAACUGGUGCAGGCAUGGGGCGGUUGUUUUGAAUAUACUCACCAACGUACUUACGUACUCCUCCCAGUCUGCGGCGGUGGCGCUCGCACGCUAGCCUAGCAACACUGCUGACCGGUCAAACAUAUGCUGUGCGCAAGCCAAAAAAGCCCUCGGGGGAUAACACAGCUGCACUCUAAAAAUAUGGAAAUUCCCUACCAGUCAGCAGAGCUAUCACGCCACGCCCGCUUUCAUCAAAGACGAAGAAACCCUGUUAUAUGGAGU